AUGCUUGCCCUUCCUCAACAUGAGCACUCGUCUUCGGACUUCACCAUGACCGUCCUGGGCUGCGGUACCAUGGGCAUCGCCAUUCUGAAUGGCAUCCUCACGUCACUGGCCGAGCUCAACGGCCCCAAGCCCCUGCAGACGCCAACGUCCGGCACGUCGACGCCGUCAGAGGAGCUUCCGCCUUCGCUGCCCUCGCGCUUCAUCGCCUGCGUGCGCAGCGCCGAGAGCGCCAAGCGCGUCAAGGCCGCGCUGUGGGAGCACUCCUCCGUCGUCAAGGUCGUGCAGAACGACAACAUCGCGGCCGUCCAGCAGGCGCAGGUCGUGCUCCUCGGCUGCAAGCCCUACAUGGUCAAGGACGUCUUGGGCCAGCCCGGCAUGGCUAAGGCCCUGCACGGCAAGCUCCUCAUCAGCGUCUGCGCCGGCAUCACCGUCGAGCACAUGGAGGUUGCCUUGCACGGCGCCGUGUCCUCCAAGGACCCAGAGGAGGAUGGUCGCUGCAGAAUCAUCCGCGCCAUGUGCAACACCGCUGCUCUCAUCCGCGAGUCCAUGACCGUCAUCGGCACGUCAACCCCGCCUCUGCCCCCGGCAACCAAGGCCCUCGUGACCUGGAUCUUCAAGCGCAUUGGCGAUGUCGUCUACCUCCCCGCGAGCAACAUGGACGCUUCCACUGCUCUGUGUGGCUCUGGCCCCGCCAUGUUCGCUCUGAUGCUUGAGGCCGCCAUCGACGGAGCCGUCGCCAUGGGCCUGCCCCGCGCCGAGGCCCAGAGGAUGGCUGUCCAGGCCAUGAGAGGAACGACUGGCUUGGUCCAGUCCGGCGAGCACCCAGCCAUUCUGAGAGAAAAGGUCUGCACGCCGGGCGGCUGCACCAUUGGUGGGCUGCUUGUUCUCGAGGAUGGCGGCGUUCGGGGUACCAUCUCCAGAGCCUUCCGUGAGGCUACUUGCGUCGCGAGCCAGCUUGGAGAGGGCGUCAAGAACGUCAACGGCACCAGACCUGGUCCUGCCCCAGGCAGCCAGUGA